AUGGGGCUCCUUGUCGGUAAGACCUCAUCAGGUGAUCUCAAUUUGGCCCUUCACAACCCUUUAAAGGAGCUUGAAUCAUUGGCUCCUUCACAUGACCAUUCAACUGCUAUUCUCAUUGAAACCCCAACUGGGAGUUUGAAUCUCUGGCUCCUUCACAUGACCAUUAAAACUGCCGUUUUCAUUGAAACCCUAACUGCUAUGGUCUUCUCCACCCAAGACCACGCCGCUGCUACCAUCGCCCAUGACAGUGCUGCCGUCUUUGCUUGGAAGGGUGAGACCCUUGACGAGUAUUGGUGGUGCAGUGAGAGGGAUCUUGAUUGGGGUCCUGGUGGUGGUCCAGAUCUGAUUAUUGAUGAUGGUGGUGAUGCGACGCUGCUGGGGGUGGAGGAAAUGGGGUAG